GGACUUGACAGACAUCAGCCUCCUCCAAUGCUUCAUUCACCUGCGGUAUGUGGAUUUGUCAGAGAACAAGCUGCAAGAUUUGUCUCCACUGAGCAGCCUAACCCACCUGCUUUGGCUGAAGGUGGAUGGGAAUCUGCUUACCAGUGCUUGCAUGCAGGAGCUGCCCUACCUCCAGAUCAUCAGCUUUGCUUACAACCGCAUCAAGGAUAUGGAGGGCAUUACUCACCCCCGCUUAGCUAACCUCAGCCUGAAAGGAAAUAAAAUCCAGACAGCGCUGGGCCUGAGUCACGGCCAAUUGUUCAGCCUGCAAAUCCUGGAGCUGCGAGGAAACAUGCUAGAGAGCACAGCAGGGCUCAAUCUUCCCAAGCUCAAGAACCUCUAUCUGGCCCAGAAUGCCAUUCGGAGCCUUGAAGGCCUUGAGGGGCUAGGGCAGCUGACAACUCUGCACCUGCGUGACAACCAGCUCGAGAGCCUGGAUGGAUUCUGUAGUAGCAUGAAGUGCCUGCAGUACCUCAAUCUACGGAACAAUGGGAUCAGUAGCCUUCAGGAGGUGGCAAAACUGCAGGUCCUCCCCAUGCUGCAGGCACUGGUGCUGUUGGACAAUCCAUGCUCUGAUGAACCCAAUUACCGGCUGGAGGUCCUGGUCCUGCUGCCACACCUGCAACGCCUUGACAAGGAACUAUUUGAGCAAGAUGAGCGGGCAGAGGCGAACAAAAUCUGUCAGAAAAGACAGGAAGAAGAAAAGGAAAUGGAGGAAUCUCUCCAGGGUGAGGUGAAUGAGUGA